CACAAAGCCAAAUGAAGAAGCAGUGAAGGUGUCAUUUAAAGGGGAAAACAAAGAGCUGAGGAGGAAAGGCAGCAAAUCAGAGAUGAAAACAAUGACUUGCAAGAGAAAGUUGGGAUAUAUUUGAGACAAGGAGUUUCAAGAGGCAUCUUCCAUCUUCGCCCCCUGCUUGUGUUCCAUCAUGGUGGACCUUUUCCUCAACCGAGUUCUGGUAGAAAACAAUUGGGACCAGGAUGAGCUCAACACGGAGCGGGAGAUCAUCGGGAUUCUGGAAAACCGUAUCGUGAUGCUGCUCUUUGCAACUGCCGAGUGUGACAAGUGCUGGGAGUUUGUGCCUGUUCUGAAUGACUUUUUUAAGCGACUGAAAGACCCGGCUUACAUUGAAUACCCCCGACUGCUGGCGCUUAUUUAUAUCAGCUUGGACCAAUCAGAGGAGCAGCAGGGAAAAUUUCUCAAAGAGAUGCACAAAAAGGUUCUGUUUUUGGCCUUUGAGGACCCAUACAGAAAGGAACUCCAGGCCAUGUUUAAGGUGAAAGAUGUCCCGACUGUAGUGGUCCUUCGUCCCGACGGCUCUGUCCUGUCCCCGAACGCUGUGCAGGACAUCUGUCGUUUUGGUUGCGAGUGUUUCCACAACUGGCAGGAAUCUUCAGAGCUGAUCGAGAGAACCUUCAUGCUGAACGAGGAGUUCGACAACCUGAACAUGCGCACCGCCACCGACCCUGUGAGGAGGCUCAAAUACAAGACGGAGGACGACAAGAGGAAAAAGAGAUGGUGGAGGUUGUAGGGGAGAGCGAAAGCUGACAAUGAAGAACGAGAAAGUGGAAGACGAGCUUCUACGCCUCAUAAAUUAACCGCUUGGGACGCAAUUUGUGACCGAAAAUGGUGAGCAUUGACACGAACUGACCACGCUCCUGGACGACUUAUUUCCACCUUGUCAAGUAGUAAGGUGCUGUUUAUGUCUAGUGCACGACAACAAUAUGCGCUACUCGCAUUGGCCCCGCAUGGGUAUGCAAUGUCACCACCACCUCCCGCAUCUGUGAAACAGUCCCGGCAUUAUUCGGUCUCGCUGCGCCCCGUGUGACGCUAGGCGAGAGCAGGCAUCACUCGUAGCUUCAUGAAUUCCUCUGUUUGCAAGGGAGCUACAAGAUGUUGAACUCCAGAGAAAAAGCUCUCAUUGGAGAAAAGUUAUACCGAAAUACUUCAUUUGUGGUUCCUGAUACUGCUUGCUAUGCUGGGUGGUGCUGCAAGCGUGUAGGUCAACCAAUACCAGCGUUUUCAAGGUGAUUCUACUUUCUGACUGGAUUGUUAGUGUAUAGCAAACAUACUGUAUUCACGCUAGGGGAAAUCUUUAACACCGGUGGGGGCGUGCGUAAGCUGGAAGGUGCUUUCCACUGACGUCCUUCCACAGAGGAAAAGCAAACAUCUUUUUUUUUUUGCAAUCAAAUGCAUUCAAUAUGUUUUUAUGCUCUGCUGAAAGAAUGAAUGAAUUUGACUGCCAUGAUGGACGAUUAUAUAACCAAACUCACCAGGAGGUGAUCAGACUUUUACAACAAAGUAUCACAACCUUUCCCGGAGAAGGAAAGGCUGCAUGUAUUUCAUGUCCAAAUAAAAGGUAAGAGCACAAA